ACCAUGAUAGAGUUGAAGGAGCGCAAAAGCUGUCAUUGCCAUAUGUUAAAUAUGGUGUAAUAGAUUGAUAAGAAAGGUCAGUUUAGCGAGAUUAGAUGGGUGAAAAUAAGCUUCUUUUUCGCGAGCAUGAUUAGUUUUAGAUGUGGGGUCGGUUGCGCCAUAUUUUCAUCAUGAAUUUUUAUUUAAAGGCGAUUUCUGGACUGUAUCUGACGCAUCCGAUGACUUUAUCACCGAAAAUACGACAUGUCUAAUAUCACCAUUCAGCCAGCGACGCAUGAUGAGAUCCCCAGUGUCGUGGAUUUCAUAACAAAGGCCCGAGCGGACAUGUUCCCGUUCCUCGACCAAUCAUCCAGUGAUCAAAUGGCCCAGAACGAACUAGACAUCUUCAAGGACAGAUAUCUUGACCAUCCUCAAGGCGCGUUUUUAACAGCUUGUUCCGAUGGGCGCCUGAUAGCGACAAUCGGCUACGUUGCUUACGAUGGUCGCUUCUCACAUAUCACUCUCGAACCUGAGAAUGUUGUCGAGAUACUGAGAUUAUACGUUGAGCCUGAAUGGCGUCGCGCAGGGCUAGCUUCCAAACUGCUCGACACGCUAGUCGAGACCGCCCGGAAAUCUAGCGUCAAGCAGCUUUACCUGCAUACGCAUCCGUUCUUACCCAACGCGAUCGACUUCUGGAGACGAAAAGGGUUCUCGAUAAUUACGGUGGAUGAGGAUCCAGUAUGGCAAACGACGCAUAUGAGACGGUCGCUCCAGGACUGAAGUCACGGUUCUUGUGUCAGACGUGGAGAUCAAGACAUCAUUUAGCGGGGUUUAGUUCAUGACCUGCAUAUGCAGGGAGAGCAAGUUCACCACGAUCGGGGCUGAGUCGACGUACCGAAGACACUUCUCGAAACUUCCUGGACCUAUUAGAUAUCAGCGCAAGCAAAAUCAUUGGAUAUUGUACAGUCUUCGGCUUGUCAUAGAAAGUUCAACUGAUGAGUGUCGCAGGGUAUAUGUAUUCAUGUCUAACGUGAAACGUCAAUAUUCUUCCGGCUCGUAUCAAUUACAAAAGAUCAUGUCUUGUUCUUCAAUCCUUCCCAGCGUCAAUCGCGGGGCACUUAGUAUCGGGUACCACCGUAGCCCUGCUGGCCAUAUCCGCCUUGACCUCCGUAUCCGCCCUGGCCUCCGUAGCUCUGGCCACCGCCGUAGCCCUGAUCUCGGCCACCAUAGCCGCCUCCGCCAUAUGAGCUAGAGCCUCCAUAAGAACCGUCUCCAUGUCCAUGUCGAGAGGAGUUGUCAUACUGAGACUUUCCAUAGGCCAAGUCAUCGUCCUUUCGUCGACGUCGCUCAUCACCAGAGUCGGAGUCACUGCUACUAGUUGAGUCGCCGGUGAAAGCUCGAGGGCGUCCGUCGCGGUGAUGCUUCCUGUUCUUCUCCUUCUUGUGCUUCUUGAACUUGUGCUCGAGGAAGUUUGCGCCAAUGGCACCAGCAGCGGCACUGGCUAGACUGCCGAGAAGACCGCUACCAGCUGUGUGAGCGGCCCAGCCGGCUGCACCGCCUCCUGCAAGUGUAGCACCCAGUCCGCGCUCUCCGUCCGGACCUCCCGGGCCACCCGGACCGCCGGGACCACCUGCACCGUCGGGGUAUUGGUUGGGUCCGCCGCCGUAUUGUCCGCCUUGGUGUUGGCCGUACGAUUGAUCACGGUUGUCGUAGCUGGGCUGGUUGGAGCCGUAGUUGGAUCCUUGAGAGUAUUGUUGCUAUUGAAGCUCUGUUAGUAACUGCAGCUGGAGCUCGGAGCUUGAUAGAUAGCUUACCUGCUGAGGAUAGCCCUGUUGUUGUUGGCCAUAGCCUUGUUGUUGUCCGUAACCACCACCUUGCUGUUGCUGCUGGCCGUAUCCACCUCCACCACCACUGUAGUAAUCUUGAGCUGACAUGUUG